AAUCACGCCGAGCCCCAUGUUGUGCUCCACUCUAGAAAGCCACGUACUGAGUCCAUACAAUCUAAUAUAAAACUAAGCACACCAAAUAACGCCCUUCAGGAUGUUCAAUGAAAAGGACACAGUUUGAUUUUUCUGGGUCUCAAUCCUAGCGUACCACCAGAAGGUCUCUCUCUCUCUCUCUCUCUUCUAUAAUUUCAACGUCUCCCUUCGAAUUUUCUUAUUCUCCAAACCCUAACUCAAUACCACCACCCACCAUAUUUUGCAAUUACUCUCAUCCGCAAUAAACAAAGUAUAACAGAGUGGGAAACGGAGGUUCCAACUUUCCCAAUAUAGGCUCUAGGGCUUUUCUUUGGGUCUUAAUUCGGCUUUGAUUUUCUGAGUUGGGGGUUUUCAAUCUCAUGCAAAUUUCGCGCCUUGCGCUCAAUUUCUAACUCUUUUCUAUCUUUUCGAAAAUGGUCUUUCCUAUUUCCGACGAAUUGUUGGGCACUUUUGCCCCAAUCGUGGUGUAUUGGGUGUAUUCUGGGAUAUAUAUUUUGUUGGGGUCCUUUGAGAAUUACCGUUUGCACUCGAAGAAAGACGAGGACGAGAAGAACUUGGUGUCCAAGGGCACUGUGGUCAAAGGGGUCCUUCUACAACAAACUAUUCAGGCUAUAGUCUCAAUCGUAUUGUUCACGGUGACGGGAAAUGAUGGCGGGGCUGCUACAGGUUCAGAGUCUUCCUUACUCGUUUUAGCUAGACAGUUCAUAACUGCUAUGCUGGUCAUGGAUACUUGGCAAUACUUUAUGCACAGAUACAUGCAUCACAGCAAGUUCUUGUACAAGCAUAUCCAUUCUCAACAUCACCGUCUUGUUGUACCCUAUGCAUUUGGGGCUCUGUACAAUCAUCCCUUGGAGGGGCUUCUCCUUGACACAAUUGGUGGGGUUUUGUCUUUUCUUCUUUCUGGCAUAACUCCUCGAGCCUCCAUCUUGUUCUUCUCCUUCGCCACCAUCAAAACAGUGGAUGACCAUUGUGGGUUAUGGCUUCCCGGAAAUCUCUUCCACGUGUUCUUCCAAAAUAAUACUGCUUAUCAUGAUGUCCAUCAUCAGCUUUAUGGCAGCAAGUACAACUUCUCGCAACCAUUCUUCGUUAUGUGGGAUAGAAUUCUUGGAACCCAUAUGCCUUACUCGUUAGAGAAGAGAACAGGUGGGGGCUUUGAAGCACGGCCUACAAAAGACUGCAAGGAUGAUUGAUUGUUGAGUGAUGAACAUUUAUCGUUGUACGAGUAUUAUUUUUCCCCCCCUAAAGAGCCACACUGCCCAGUCGAGUUGUAUAUACACAAAUUGUUGUGCAUUAUACUUCUAUUUGUUUUUUUGUUAAUAUAAGUUCUUAAAACUUUAUUGUGAAUUUGAGAACUUAUUUAUCCAGAUAAAGAUUUGACACUUUUUGAGUGGUUUCAUUCCA